UAUAGUGCCUUAAAUAUUAUCACUCGUUAUCAAUCAUGUGCUUUUCAAAAUUUUCAAAAGAACUUGCCAAAAUUCGCCUUUUGCAGAUUUGCAAUUUAAUUUAGUAAUACAUUUUCAGCUUUAAAUAGAUGUUGAAAUCAUAGUCAGUAAACAGGUCAAUUCGAAAGAUUUUAAUUUCACGUAACUAAAGUACUAUGAGAUAUGUUUCCUGCAGCUAGAUCUUGUACCCGAUGUCAUCUUGUGUUAAGAUUAAUUCCUAAAACUACAGUAUCGAGGAGGAUUUACAUCAGACAGCUGAAUACCGACAGAACAUUAUGUCGAGCGAAGACAGACGAUUCCCAUUUAUCCAAGUUAUUCACUCCAGUACCUGUGAAACUGAAAUCAAAUCCUGACGAUAUAAACGUAGGAGCUGAACUCAGUGGCCAGCUGAACAGAAAUGACGUGAUAAAAGUUUUAAAUGCUUUCUAUCAGAAUAAAGAAAUCAAAAUUCUUGCUGCUGAACAUGGAUUAGACAAUUACUUAUUGCAUCAGGCUUACACAAACUUCAGAAAACAUUGUCUACAAGUUGAAAAUCUAGAAGUAGAUUUACAUAUAGCUCUUAGCGAUGUAUCACAAGCAGCUGGUCAUGUUAGCGACAUUUUUCCAUAUUUCGUACGAUUUACUAAAAAAAUGUUUCCACAUCUCGAAUGUAUGGACGAUCUUAAAAAAAUCAGCGAUCUUAGUUCUCCACCUAACUGGUACCCAUCAGCCAGAGCUAAAUGUAGAAAAAUCAUUUUUCAUGCCGGACCUACCAAUAGUGGUAAAACUUAUCGCGCUUUAGAACGAUUUUUGCAGUCUAAAUCUGGUGUCUAUUGUGGGCCAUUAAAGUUACUAGCGACUGAAGUUUUUAGAAAAGCGAAUGAUAGAGGAACACCUUGUGAUUUAGUAACCGGCGAAGAACGUAAAUAUGGUAUCAGUGAAAACGAACCAGCAUCGCAUGUAUCUUGUACGGUCGAGAUGACUUCGUUGUUGCAUAAUUAUGAAGUAGCUGUAAUAGAUGAAAUUCAAAUGAUUAAAGAUCCAAGCAGAGGAUGGGCUUGGACAAGAGCUCUGCUUGGUUUAGUUGCCGAUGAAAUACACGUUUGUGGUGAAGAAGGAGCUGUGGAUCUUAUUAAAAACCUUAUGUUAACCACUUACGAAGAUGUUGAUGUUUGCAAAUAUGAAAGACUGACUGAACUGCAUAUUGAAGAUAGUGCCGUCUGCUCUUUGGAUAAUAUUCGAAAUGGCGACUGCGUUGUUUGUUUUAGUAAAAAUGACGUAUACUCGGUCAGUCGAGGAAUCGAAGGUAGCGGUAAAGAAGUAGCUGUGAUAUAUGGAGGUCUUCCACCGAAUACUAAACUUGCUCAAGCUCAAAAGUUCAACGAUCCGGAGAGCUCUUGUAACGUACUGGUUGCUACCGAUGCCAUUGGGAUGGGUUUGAAUCUGAGUAUACGAAGGGUGAUCUUUUAUUCACUUAUUAAACCGGUUGUCAAUGAAAAAGGUGAGAAAGAAAUGGACACGAUAUCGGUUUCUCAAGCUCUACAAAUCGCUGGCCGGGCUGGUAGAUUCAAUACCCAAUAUGAAAAGGGAUACGUCACUACUUUCAAACCUGAAGAUUUGAAGACGUUGAAACAUCUGUUAAGUCAACGACCCGAUCCACUAACUAAAGCCGGAAUUCAUCCUACAGCCGAACAAAUCGAACUAUAUGCUUAUCAUUUACCUCAUUCCACUCUCUCUAAUUUGAUGGACAUAUUCGUAACAUUAUCAACAGUUGACGAAGAAUUAUACUUCAUGUGUGCCAUCGACGAUUUCAAAUUCUUAGCAGAUAUGUUACAGCACGUUCCACUAUCCCUCAGAGCCCGAUAUAUUUUCUGUUGCGCACCACUUAAUCGAAGAAUGGCAUUUGUGUGUUCCAUGUUUCUUAAGUUUGCGAAACAGUAUAGUCAAAAUAGACCUGUCACUUUUGAUUGGGUUUGUCAUCACAUUGGAUGGCCAAUUUCGUUACCAAAAACUAUUCUAGAUUUGGUACAUUUAGAAUCGGUUUUCGAUGUGUUGGAUUUAUAUUUAUGGUUCAGCUACCGUUUCCCUGACAUAUUCAUCGAACCAAAUCCUGUUCGAGAUAUUCAAUCAGAAUUAGACGCUUUGAUUCAACAAGGAGUAUUACAAAUUACAAGACUGCUGCAGAAUUCAGGCAAGGUAACCACCGUCCAUAUCGAAGAAGAUUAUAGCGCUAUGCAAGAGAAACCCGAAGAACCUGCAGUUGGCAAAGGCUGUUUAACUGACCGAUUAAUAGCUCAGGGCUUACUAACACCGAGUAUGUUGAAAGAACUGCAGAAUGAAUGGGCUGAAGGUGAAACUCGUAAAUCAAAUCAUAGUAACAGUAGAAUAUCGAGUAAAGAGAAAUCCAAGCAGUUUACGAAGAAUUGUGAAAAUAAAGCAAUGAACCAUAAUGAUCAUAGACCUCCAUACAGAGUAUUGAGUAAAAAAAGAAAAUAAACUGGGUUUUCCAUGUUAGCUGUACGUUUGUAAUUUAACUGCGGACCUCGAUUUGUUUUUGUAUUGUAAAUAAUAAACUGUUGCCAAACUUUUA